UGGGAGAGAGAGAGAGGCACAGAGAGGGAGGCUGCACACACAUCUCUCUCACACACACACGGUCGUUCCUUCUGAGACCAAACACACACACACUCGCUCGCUCGCACACAGACACACACUAUGAUCUCUCUUCCACACACUCAACAUUUUAUUAUACACUUCUGAUUUGGAUUUUGCAUGUACAUUUUAAAUUGGUUUUAUUUUUUGCAUGUUUUCAUACAUUAGUACAAUACACACAUUUGCCAAUAUGUGCCUUGUUCCAGUUGUCGUGCUGUUGGCUUUUCUGGGUUUCAGUUCCUGCAUCCAGUUUCAGGCCAACCUAAACAUGGGGGGAGUCACGGGAUGGGUGCGGUUUGACUCCACUAAUCAGACGGCGACCAUAAACGUCACCGGUACCGGAACCUGUGAUUCGUCGCUCAACUUUUCCCUGAGUGUGUUCCCUGUGAUGUUCGGCCAUUUUGCUCAGCCUUGCCUUGAAGCCAACGUAGGAGCGAGCAUCUUCACGUUCACCAUUGAUCCAUUCUCAUCCAACACCACUGUUAAUAUGUCCAGUCUAUUUAAGCAGAGGUCAAAUCUGGAAGACCUUUCGUUGACCUUGGAGACGUGCAACGGCACCAAAGCUUGUACAGUCAUAAGCGGUCAAACCACAGUUCAGACGUGGCAGGCCAGGUUCUUCAGAUCGGUCGCCGGCGACAUUUACAUCAGGCAGAACGUCGGACAGACCCACGCCAGGGUCCUCGCAAACUUGGCAACGAUUGGUCAGGUCGGUGCUACGGCAACCAACAUCACCAUCUUGACGUCGCAGAGUUCUGCUAGAGACUGUAAGGCUCUUCUGGAUAGUCUGGAACCUUCAUCUCUCACCCAGCUUGGGGAACUGAAAGUAGGCAGCCCUCUUACACCCGUCAAGUCUCGUUUGGACCUUGCUAGCUUCAGCUCCAACACCCGCUUUGCUCUCCUCAAACUGGGGUCUUCGAGUUAUAUGUGCGCUGAGAUCAGACAAAUGAAUAGGAAGGAGGUGAGCGCCCUGGUGAACAUGAGAGGGGUCAAGGGUUACUUCCUCUUUAGGCAGGACUCGCCGUUCGAAGUCACAAAACUGAGAGUGAAUCUGACCAAUCUGGGGAGCCGGGUCGGACCCUAUCACAUCCACCACUUCCCCACACCUCCUAUGAGGUCACCGCCGCAGACAACCUGCUCCAACGACAACGUUGGAGGCCAUUGGAACCCGUUUGGGAUGGACACUAAAGAUCCCACCUACCCCUCUGGACCUGGGUCGACCCAUGACAGGUAUGAAGUAGGGGACCUCAGCGCCAGGCAUGGGUCACUAAAGGGUAAAGCUGUGAUGGAAGCAGUUUUCACAGACUUCAACCUCCCUCUGUUCGGACAGAACAGCAUAGUGGGUCGGUCUGUGGUAAUCCACCGUCCGGAUGGAACUAGGUUCCUGUGCGCCUACAUAAGCUACCCAGGAGAGGUGCAUGUAGCCAGGGCAACAUUCCGUCACCAUGUGGUGGGUAUGGUCCAGUUCGUCCAACUCAAGAACAACCCGUUGUCUGAUGUCACAGUCUUCAUGGAUCUGUCCUAUGGGAGACCCUCCGAGACCGCUACACGUAACCACCACUGGCACAUCCACAUGUAUCCUAUCAGCUCGGAGACAGACGCGGACAAGGGGAGGUGUGGGACCACGGGGGACCACUGGAACCCCUUCAACGUGGACACAAAGGAUUUGAGCUACGCCCUCCACUGUGGCCCCUCCAGCCCCUUUUCCUGUGAGGUGGGGGACCUCUCCAAAAAACACAGCACCCUCGACCUGGGGACCCGAGUGGGUGGGGCGUCGGCCAAACACUUCUUCACGGAUACCACUUCCUGGUUGUCACUUCCCGCCAGGUCGGGCUCCAUGAUUGGUCGAUCGGUGGUGAUCCACAGUGCGGAGGGCGCCGCCCCCAGGAUAGCCUGUGCUAACCUCACGGAGGUCCGGAUGCCCGCGGCGGUCUUGGGCCCCUGGCAUGGACCAGGGGUCUCUAGGGGCCAAAUCCGGUUCUCCCAGGCUUUCCCUCAGGGCCCAACUAUGAUGGACGUCUCCCUGGCUGGACUCAGCUCCAGGGCUGGGGGCUACCACGUCCACAUGCUGCCUAUCAGUACCACAGGAGAGCCCUGCUCGGACAACAACGUCAUGGACCACUUCAACCCCUUCUCCUGGAAUGUGUCUGCUUCUCCUGCUCCGGGGUCAGGGACUGUGGAUGAGUAUGAGACCGGGGACAUCAGCGGGAAGUUCGGGAUGCUGACGGAUCUGAACCAGACACAGACUCAGUAUUUGGACGGGAAUAUGCCGAUGACAGGGCCGAACAGUAUAGUGGGGAGGUCAUUGGUGGUUCACUACACUAACGGAUCCAGGAUGCGGUGUGCUGACGUCUUAGCUGAGAAUGCAACAGAUGGACACUGGGUGUUUGCCAAGGCUGUCUUCAAAAGCACGGUGAUGGGGACAGUCACACUGUCCCAGCAGACUUUUCUGGAUGGCAGCUACAGUGACAUCACUCUGGAGGUGGACGUGCGGGCGUCACAGGUGCUAGAUGUAACAGAGGUUUCCUGGACCAUCACUGGUAAAGGCUCUGAGUUGAACCACAACCAGUGUCCCGGUGUUGGGGACACGUUUAACCCCUUCAACAUGGAAGCUGGGAACUCCAGUUGUUCCCGUGACAACGCUCUGAGUUGUGAGGUGGGAGACCUGACGACCAGACAGGGGACACUCAGCCUGACACACAGACAGCUUUACACCGACACCAGCAUACAACUGGCUGGGGACUACACAGUGGUCCACAGGACCCUGGUCCUGAGGAGAGGCAGUGAUGUCUUGGCGUGUGCCGUCAUUCUUCCAGAAUCCCCCUGGGCAGAGCAGACCUUCCCCAACGUCAUGUCUUUCAGCAGAUUUGACUUCCGCAGUAGGGUGGCAGAUGUCCUAGAGGUGAACAUGUCCAGGGUCACCAUCCUUCCAGGGUCUCCUCUGGCCACAGUGGACGGACCGUGCCAGAAAGUCAGCUUCCUUGUCUCAGGGGAGGUGAGUACGGACAAGAUGAACUCUAUCAAAGACAGUGAGAAGAUGGGCAUCUUCAAGCAGACAGAAGGUUGCUCAAGAAGUUCUGGACAACUGCUGGAGCCUGGGAGAUAUCUGGUGAUGUUGACGAUAGCUGCAGCCUACUUCCUACACUCUCUGAUCCAGCAGUAGUUUAUACUGUAGAUCUAGGUUUGCAUCCCAAAUGGCACCCUAUUCCCCAUAUAGUGCACUACUUCUGACCAGAGACUUAAAUAUAUAUAUAUAUGUAUUUCACCUUUAUUUAACCAGGUAAGCCAGUUGAGAACAAGCUC